AAGUCGGUGUCUGCGGAGAAGAGAAAGGAAAGACAGCCGCGGUGAGGCGCGGCGAGACUGGGAUCCGGCUGGGGGCGCCGCCUCCUCCCCACCCUCACUGGAGGAUGGAAGUGACGACAGCACAGCAGAGGUCACUUCCUGCUGGGGUGGAUGAGGAGGAGCUGGAGACGCCGCGGAGGAGACCCGACCGAGCACGGAUCGAGCCGGGCAGCGCAGGAGGGCAAAAAUGAAAGCAGGCUGUAGCAUCGUGGAAAAGCCAGAAGGAGGUGGAGGGUAUCAGUUUCCUGACUGGGCCUACAAAACAGAGUCCUCCCCAGGCUCCCGGCAGAUUCAGCUGUGGCACUUCAUCCUGGAGCUGCUGCAAAAGGAAGAGUUCCGCCAUGUCAUCGCCUGGCAGCAGGGAGAGUAUGGGGAGUUUGUCAUCAAGGAUCCAGAUGAGGUGGCCCGCCUCUGGGGCCGCAGGAAAUGCAAACCACAGAUGAAUUAUGACAAGCUCAGCCGGGCCCUCAGAUACUAUUACAACAAGAGGAUCCUUCAUAAAACAAAAGGGAAAAGGUUUACUUACAAAUUUAAUUUUAACAAGCUGGUGAUGCCCAACUACCCAUUUAUCAACAUUCGAUCAGGUGGUGUGGUUCCUCAGAGUGCACCACCAGUGCCAACCGCAUCCUCCCGCUUCCACUUCCCACCUUUGGAUACCCACUCUCCAACCAGUGAUGUGCAGCCAGCACGGUUCUCGGCCAGCUCCCUGACUGCAUCUGGCCAGGAGUCCAACAAUGGCACUGAUAGGAAGAUGGAACUUUCAGAGCUGGAGGAUGGCCCCACUACUGACUGGCGCCGGGGUGUUGAUCUCAUGUCUUCCCGGAAUGCAGUUGGAGGAGGAGGGAUUGGUCACCAGAAACGCAAGCCUGACAUAAUGCUUCCUCUUUUCACGAGGCCAGGGAUGUACCCUGACCCACACAGUCCUUUUGCUGUCUCUCCAAUCCCUGGCCGAGGCAAUGUCCUUAAUGUCCCCAUUUCACCAGCCCUUUCCCUGACUCCUACAAUCUUCUCCUAUAGCCCUUCACCAGGCCUGAGCCCUUUCACCAGCAGCAGUUGCUUCUCCUUCAACCCAGAGGAAAUGAAACACUACCUUCAUUCUCAAGCCUGUUCGGUGUUCAACUACCAUCUGAGUCCUCGGACUUUUCCCCGUUACCCAGGGCUCAUGGUUCCACCAUUGCAAUGCCAAAUGCAUCCUGAGGAGUCAACUCAGUUUUCUAUCAAGCUGCAGCCUCCACCUGUGGGGCGUAAGAACCGGGAAAGGGUGGAGAACAGUGAGGACCCUGCACCUGUCUCUGCACCCACCAUAGCACCUGUGCUACCACGAAUUAAGAUAGAGCCCACCCCUGCCACCUCUGAGAAGGAGGCCGAGAACCUCAGGCAGUCAGCCCGAGAGAGAGAGGAGCACUGUCAAGAGGGUGCAGUUCGGAGCAGGACCACAGAAGAGGGAGAAGGCACCGUCUUUGCCUGCCCCACCGCGCCACCCGCCUGGUCCUCCAUACCCAGUAACGCCCAAAGCGAAGAACCUCUGGAGGUGACUGAAGACAGUGAGGACAGGUCUGGCAAAGAGCCCAGUGCUCCUGAGAAGAAAGAAGAUGCUCUGAUGCCCCCCAAGCUUCGGUUGAAACGGCGCUGGAAUGAUGACCCUGAAGCCCGGGAGCCACCAAGUAAGAAUCGCAAGUUCCUCUGGAGUGGAUCAGCACCCCAGGGCCUGGCAGCGGCAGCCGCUGAUGCAUAGAACUAUAAGUGUAUUGGGAGCUGUUUCUAUUCUAAUUAAAUACAUACAUGUAUUUAUGUAGCAGAGCUGGGGGGAGGGGGGAGGGCAUUAGACUGGUUUGAGCAUUCUGGGGCAUAGACUUGUAUUUACGUUGGGGAUAGAAUGGAUAUCUUCUGUUGUAAAUUAGGUGGGGUGUGAACACACUUUUUUCUUGGUGAGUAGGACACAGGGAGGUCAUUGAACUGAAAGGGGAAAGAACCUGUUUCCUGUUUGAGGCUUAAACUUCCUGACAAGGAAACUCCUAGACAGCCCAGGUACUUUGCUCCUGUGGUAGUUCACGUUCUAGACUUUACUUUUAUAUUUAUAUAUGAAAAGCCAUUAAUGAGUUUGUUUUGCUCUGAGAGAGAUACAUAAAAGAGAAAAGGUCAUGGUUGGGAAGUUAACAUUGAGAGGCCAUUAAGGCUGUUUUGCCUGAAAUGUUUCUUUAUAAUUAUUUCAGGGGAGGAAUAAGAUUGUUUUGGUCCUUCUGGAGCAGGGGCUGUUCAGAUGUUGGUCUUUUUUCUUGUUUUACUUUCUUCUUUCUUUUGUUGUUUGGUGUUUUUCUUUUCCUUAAAAAAAAAAUGUCUGGACACAAGAGCAUCCUGCUAAUUAGAGCUGGGUGGGAAGACACAGGAGCUGCACCCUGGGCUGCAGGACUGAGCCAGGAAGCCUGCUACUUGUCCCUUGGACUUUUCACCUACUUCACCUACUAAGAAGCCAUGAGGAGUUAUAAACUCUUGUUCAGGGAAGAAAAGAGGGCAGGAGAAGGUAACCCAAUGCCUUUAAAAACAAAUGAAAAAAAAAUGAUCCUCAUUUUUCCUUUUUCAUUAUGGGUUUGGAGAGCCAAACCAAAUGUGACAGAGCAGGGUCAUCGAGAGGCAUGACAGUGUUGUUGAAGAUGUCUGUCCAUUGUGUCUGGUUCUCUUAUCAUUUUCUUAAGUCGAGCCUUAACUAUGAACAUACUUCAAGAUGAUACGGGUCUGUCAGUGCAAACCUGAACAGGGCAUGAACAAUUUUUCAGAUAAUCCUCGUAUGCUGUGACAUGGUUAAACUCCUAGCUGAUACUCAGUCUUUCCCUUUUGAUGUUACUGGGAUAGAUAGCAAAAGGGUAAGAUUGUGGAAGCUAUAGGCAAGUGAAACUGGGAAACACAGAAGGUACUGGGGGAACAAGUGGAUAUUUGUGGGUCCUGAAGGAAGAGAUGGGAAGGAGACACAAAGACACCAAAUGCCAAGAGGCCUGGUGUGAGUGAAAGGGGUGAUAUCCUAUUAUGAGGGUGCCAUUUUUGCCAUCUCCAUUUGCCCAUAUUUUUCCAGCCUCCUGAAUAAUUGAGUAUCUUGCACCACACUCCAGUUGACAAACAGCAAGGAAUUGUUUCCUCUAGUAACUUCAAAGAAGUAAGUAUUGAUCUUAUGUGAAGCAAAAGACUGGGAUUAGGAGCAGAGAAAAGCAGCAGCCGCCACACUUCUGUGUAUGUGCGUGUAUACCUCCAAGUACAUCGCGUGUGGAGACACCAGCUGUGGCUUAGAUCUGUGUAGCAGCAGUGCAGUAAGAAGAGAAGUAAAUCAGUUGAGGGCAAGCGGAGGCAUGAGAGUGGUGUCUAGGAAUUAAAGAAAUUCUUGGCUUCAGCUUGGCUUACGAGCACUCUAAUAUUUGAAGGUUAUCCUCUAGUAGUGGGAGUAGUUUUUGACUUUAGUUUUAAUUGGUUGGAGUGCAUGCAUGAGAGAAGGACUCAGGAAGGUGAGCAGGUGAGAGACACUGGGUGGCCUGGAAUGACUUGAGUCCAUUGUGCUAUUUCUUGGCAGGUGUCCUCCCCCUUGUCAGAUCCAAAUUCCAUGAGUGACUCCUUUUCCCCAGGAAAGGGACUGAGACAGUGUUCCGUAAAGACUCAGGCUUGGGUCAGGCUGCAAAGGGCUUCCCAGGUAGGCUGCCUUUGGUUUUUGUGGUUCUGUCAGUUUCCUUUUCUGCACCUGACUUACCUCUGUAUUGAAAAGCAAGCCUGGCAGGUUGAGGAGGGCUCUCUGCUUGGCAUUGCCCGAUCUAACCAGGGAGACCAGCUGGCCACCCGCUGCCCUCUACAGGGCAGGGCCAGCAGGUGUCGGUAUGAACUCAGGAAUAGAAACACGAGGCCUUUAAAAUAAGAGGAAGAGAAAUUCAUGAUGCAUACCUGUAACCCCUAGAACACAAGUGCCAGAAUAAAUUCCUGGAUGCUGCUUCUGUUUGAACAAAAAAAGUCACUGCUUUUACACUUGAAAAAAUACUCAAAAAAUGUUCAAUCCCAUGAAAAAUGUUUUUUGGCUUUAAGAAAUUGUUUGGUUUGUAACUUUUUCCUUUGAUUGCCAUUCCACCAGUGUCAGUUGAUUUGCACCACACACUCAGGUGGGGUUGGGAGGAGGGUCUUCACACAGAGCCACACUUGGGCUUGCUCAGGAAGUAGACCAGGGCAUGUGGAGAUCCCUUGAUACUUUCUGGGGCAAAAGAGAGUUUUUCUUCCUCCAACUUACUCCUAGCAGCACCUGUCACUUGGCACAAAACCAGGCCUUCCUCUUCCGUGAGCAUCUUGUCACUGUCCAAGGGCAGGUAGAGGGCAAAGUGGACCUACUUUGUCUCCCACAUUUUUUCCAAAUUUUGCUGUGCCAAAUGCUUUAAUACUUUACAAAUAUAAAUCUAUUGACAUUUCUUUAAUCAAGAACUUGUUCAUGUAAAAGGUUUGCUUUUUUUAGCUAUAGAAAAGAAAACAGCAGAGAUCUCAAUGGCAUCCAGCCUUGCUGAGCUCACCUUUUCUCCUAAAGGAUGGGUAGGAGCGAAAUACAGUUCACCAAGUUCAUUCACCCUGGUUGUCAGACCGUACUGCAUUAAACCCAGCUCACUACUUUAGGGAAGGACUGCACCCUAGUGACCUGUGGGCCAAGAAACCUUCAGAAGCAUUAAAAAUACCACUUCUCACCAGGUGGUUCAAAUCAGUUGGCUGUUUGUCCCUUGUUUAUUUAUUCCAUAAUUAUGUUUGUGCUUUUUGUUUUGUAAGCAGUAAUGGAACAUAGUUUUAUGUGGUUGAAAAGAAACUUUGAUUCAGUCUUUCAAAAACUGUUCCAUUUUUAGUUUCUUCUUGGGGGGGGAAGUUAAUUUGUUUUUAAAUAUUUAGGCAUUCUUUGAAUUAUAAAAUUGUGAUGCAGGGAUUUCUGAGUCAGACAUUCAUAUGUGAAAGAGGACUUUGCUAAUUAUCCGCUUCAGCAGAGUAGUGUGUAUAUGUACAUAAAAUGUAAGUAAUCUUAACUCCUUGUGCAGUGCCUUUUAGAUGUUCUGCUUUCUAUAAAGUCUUCAAAAUUUUGCAUAUAUAUUAUAUAUAUGAUGUAAUGUUAUAGAAAUAUAUGUAUAAUAUACAUAUUUUUUUCCAGGGGUAUCUGAUAGCUCUGUAUUUUGUUAUGGAAGUUGAAAGAAAAAAGUAUUUUACCUCAGAAAUUAAAGUUAAAUAAAAAAGAAAAAAGUACUUUUAA